UGCUACGACACGAAGAAAGACUUACCGGUUCGCCUCCUGUGCGCUUACCCCAUCGGAGUGUUUUAUUUUGGAGUAUAGAUAUAUUUCCUAGGUUGUUUCAAGAUGCCUUCAUCCCUAGUAUUGUGUUUGAUGUGCCUCAUCACUCUAUCAGUCGCACAAGAUCAGUUCCAACAGGUCAAAGAUUUAGUGUGCAAGAACUUCCCAUGCACCAAGGAGAUGUGCGCACAACAGCAGAUGUGGUGUAACUUGUGUUCCUGUUCGGUCUCGGUUGAAUGCUUGACCGUCAAAUGUGGAUAUGGUCAAAAAUGCCAAACGAUCAAGUCGCGAGGCUGGUUUAGCAGAUCAGUCGCAACAUGUGUUGAUGACCCUAACUUUCAACCGACAACCGAAGAAACAACUGCGACUUCCACAACUACAGUCACUCCACCUCCAACAGAUGCAAGAAGCGGAGAUUUAUGCACAAACGGCCGUCAGUGCAGGACGAAUGACGACUGCGAUCUCCAGGACCGCUGCCUUUUGAACUCGGGCGGGGAGAGCGGGGUUUGCUGCAAGAAAGAAAUUGUCAACUUGAGUCCACGUUGCCGGGAAAAAAUGAGUAUCGGCCCAUGCAGAGCUAGCUUCCGGAAGUACUUCUACAAUAUCACAGCUUCCCAGUGCCAGGGCUUCAUUUACGGUGGAUGCGAUGCGAAUGAAAACAACUUCGACUCGGUGGAGGAUUGUCAGAAAGAAUGUGAGAAUCCCUGCCUACUUCCCAUGGACAGAGGAUUCUGCAGAGCCAUCCUCAGCAACUUCUUCUUCAACUCUACAUCCGGGAAGUGCCAGGAAUUCGAUUACGGAGGCUGCGGCGGGAACCCGAAUAACUGGAAGUCGAUGGAAGAAUGCGAGCAGAGAUGCAUGUCUGCGUGAAAACCACUUUGAUCAGAAGAAUUUUCUUGCCUGCGUCAUAAGGCAUCGUGAUCACGUCUCUAGUCCCGGAUUGAACUGAUAUUGGUGCCAAAGGAACAAGGUGUUCUCAGAUGAGACUGGUGUCUGUCAGCUUAAAGCUUAAGGACAUCUGUACCUAUAACUCUAUCCAUGUACACAAAGAAUUACGACAAACCAACUUGCUUACAGUUUUCAUGGAAUCAUUUAAAGGCUUCAGAACAACUCUGUCCCAACUUAGUUUUGUCCACAUCUGCACAUUUUUCUUGUUUUUGAAACCUUGUAAGGGUUUUGGGAUUUUCGAAUCAUGAAAGAAUAUGUACAUAAUGCUUAGUGUAGAAUGUUAUUUUUAUACCGGUGCUACUGUAUGAAUGUUCGCGAAAGGAUGUUUUUGAAAAUCAUUUUGUCAAUAUCAUGCAUCAUACUUCGAAAACUUUGGGAAAAAAGGUGUCCAUCAAAGUAGUUUAAAAAACAAAACAUCCAGAUUAAACUGCUACAAAUUGUUCAUUACAUCCAGUUUACUUCGAAGUAAAUACAAUUAAUGGCUAGCGGAUGUGUUCAGUAUGUUUAUCAACUGAUGCUGGACGUCCAAUGUCUGAGUGUGCGUGUCUUAUUAUUGGUUGAGCGGAAUGUGUGAAAUGGUAUGUUUACCAAAUAUUUAUGUUAAAAUGUUGUAAAGAAAUAAACUUGUUGUGAAACCCA